AUGUCUUGGCUCGGUUCGACGAUCCAAACUAUCACGAUCCCGUUUCUGAGACCCUCGUUGACGUACGUACCACCUGUGCGUACGCAGUACGGUUCAGGUCUCCGCCUUCAGCUCGACUACCUGAGUACAACACAAUUCAGCCCGCGCUCUCUCGCACCCUUUGGCUUUUACUCACCUUGCGAGAUCGAACCCCUGGCACUAACCACUUCUGCACCUGCCAUGACGGGGCCUGCCCUGCCAGUGGAUCAUCCAAAACCGGGACUCGGUUGUUUCAACCGUAGCAUCACAGCGAUAUAUGGAAACGUCCAUUGCUUUCACCGCCGUGGAGCACCACGCAGUAUUAGAUGGCAUACUUUCGACCAAGUCUACCUCCUACGUGCUAAGACUAUCGUGGGGCGCAAAAGGACGGAGGUGCUCCAUGGGUUGUCCAUCAGUCGCGAUAUUGGUGCCAUACCGCUGUCGCCGAGGCGUCAACCACGCCUUGGGCAAGCCGAUGAUCUCGAGACGGGAGCUUUCAACCUGUCACCGGACCCUGAAAGACACUGCCAGGCGGCCAGCCCGGGUGGCCUGUGCCUACGCCAUCGCGUCUAG